AUGACGCUCCUCCGAGAGCAGCGCUCGGCGGGGGCGGCGCUGCGCCUCUCCUGGGUUGCGUUCCUUUUUGCGUUUCUCGUUUUGCUUCGCGAUUCUCUCUUCAAAGAGUCAUACGAGACGCCGGCCGUUCUCCUCUUUGCCGCAGCCAGGCUCCUCGCGCCUCCCCUCACUCCCCGAGCCGGACAGGGCGGCGCGUCGUCUGCCUCGUCCUCCUCGCGCCUCACUCCUUCCGCCAGGUUCCCUGCUGCCUCGUGGAGCUCGUCUGCUGCGCUUGUUUCUCUCCUGUCACCACCGGCGUCUUCUCGCGCCUCCCCUUCUCGCCGAGACGCGGACGCUCCUUCGCCGUCGUUCGCUGUCACAGCGCGCCCACUCGCUCGCUCCUCGCGAGAGUCGCGGCUGUCGCCGCUCGCUUUUCUUUCUGUCUCCGCCUCGCAAAAUGCGGUCCAGACGACGCCCCCCUUCUCCGGGGCAUCUGAGAAGACGCCUCUCCGUGUGGGGUCUCGCGCGUCGCCUCUCGCCCUGGCGCAGGCCAGACAGUUCGUCUACAGACUCGCUCUCAGGUUCCCAGACGCCUUCCCACAGGCUCACGAAAUCAUACAGGCUUCCCUCGCCAAGCUCUCUAAUCCUUUGCCCUCUUCUUCCUCGUCUGACUCUUCUUCCGCUUCUCCCUCUUCUUCCUCGUCUGCCUCUUCUUCCUCUUCUUCAUCGCCGGCGAACUCUCACCUCGCUUCUUCUGCUUUUUCGUCUGUGCUCGCUUCGCUCUUGCGCGUCGACUCUCGUCUGGAGUACGGCGAGCUUCGCAUUGUGCCUAUGCAGACGACAGGCGACAAGGAGCUGCACCUGCCGCUUGCGCAGGUCGGCGGCAAAGGUCUCUUCACCAAGGAAUUGGACCUCGCGCUGCUGCAUGGGCAGGUGGACGUUGUGGUCCACUCUCUGAAAGACGUCCCGACGGAGUUGCCGGAGGGAACAGAAAUCGGCGCCUACCUGCCUCGCGAGGACCCGCGCGACGCCCUCAUCUUCUCUCGCAAACCUCGGCGCGGACUGUCGCGCGCAUGCAAAGCACAAGUGCCAGGAGGCGUCGCUGAGACAGCGCGCAGAAGCGCGACGCAACAGCGCGUCUCUGCCGCGGCUUCCGGGGCGCCCUCUGUGGGCUCUUCAGCUUCUGCCUCUCUUCUCCCGUAUCUCCCGGACGCGCUUUUCGCUUCCGGAGGACUUCCGGAAGAAACAGAGGAAGCAGGCAGAGCAGCGCGAGCAAGUCACACGGAGGACGACGCCGGCGGUGUCGAGGGAGAGGCGCGAAAAGCCGACGAAGGGAGGCCGAGAAUUGGAACAUGUUCCCUGAGGAGACAGGCUCUGCUGUAUGCGUUGCUUCCGCCGUCUUCUUUCCAGCUCAUGGGCUUGAGGGGGAAUGUGCAAACGCGCAUGAGUCGAAUCGAAAAAGGAACUCUGGACGCGACUCUUCUCGCAGCCGCCGGCCUCAAGAGACUCAAUCUCCUCUCCGCGAUGCUUGCUCCUUCGCCCUCUGCGACUCCUUCUCCUUGCCCUGCUUCUUCUCCAAAUGAAGCGUCGCGGGGGACGGAGCCUGGCGGCUGCGUCGAGGCAGUGCUGUUGCCAGCCGACGUUUUCGUUCCAGCUGUCUGUCAAGGCAUCAUCGGGGUGCAGUGUCGUUCGGCAGACACUGGAAUUCUUUCUCUCCUCCGAGAACUGAAUUCGCCUUCUUCUCGCGGCCAGGCGCUCUGCGAACGCGCCUUUCUCCGCGCUCUCGACGGCAGCUGCCGGACGCCCAUUGCAGGCAUCGCUGAGUGGCGCGCAGUUCCUGCCCAAGGUGAAGCCCCCAGGCCGCAGAGUCAGAACGGUUCAGACGAACCCGGCGUCGAGCGAGAAGGAGAAGAAGGCUGUGCAGGAAGCAGUGUCGAGAGAAGAGAGGGCAGAAGCGAGGAAGGCUGGGGAGGCCAUCCAGACUGCUUCACAGAGAAAACAGAGCUCCGGUUUUGCGGAGUGCUCGCUACGCCUGACGGCAAACAGUUGUUCAGGGAGGAACGAACGGUGCGGGGUGUACGUACACCCGAGGAGGCUGAGGCCCUGGGACGCGCCGUCGCGGAAGAAAUCAAGAAGGCCGCGGGAGCGGAUAGGCUCGCGCAGAUCAAGAAGCAUGUCACUGAAGGUUGGAAGAAUUUGAAAACGUUGUAA